AUGCAACUUAUGAAACCGGCGAUUCGUAACGGUAGCUAUUGCUACGCCUACACCGUGUCCCGCUCCUUAUUAUUAACCUUAAACCCUAACCCUUUCUUCUUCUCUUCACCAAUUCGCUCUCUUUCCAUCUUCUCUUCAUCAAUGGCGUCCACUCACUUCUCUUCAACCUCUGCUCUCUCUCUGGAGAAACAAUUCGGCCAGUUCCGUACUCACCUCGAAGAAUCUGGAACGUUGCGCGACCGAAUUCGAACCGUCGUUUCGGAAAUUGAGUCCACCACAAGACUCAUGUAUGCUAACAUUCUUCUUGUUCAUCAUUCUCGACCUACUCCAGAGCUUUUGGAGAAGGCUAAGUCUCAGAUUGAUGUUCUGAAGGACAAGUAUAAGCAACUUGCUGAUAUUCUUGGAGGAUGUCCUGGUCAAUACUAUAGGUAUCAUGGUGAUUGGAGAAGUGAGACACAGACGGUUGUUUCUAUGCUUACUUUCAUGCACUGGCUUGAAACGGGAACACUUCUCGAACACAAAGAAGCCGAGGAAAAACUCGGGUUGAAUGGUCCGGAGGAGUUUAGUCUAGAUGUUGAAGACUACCUAGUUGGUGUAUGUUUCAUGUCUAAUGAAUUGCCAAGGUAUGUGGUAAAUCAAGUAACAGCUGGUGACUAUGAUUGUCCAAGGAAUGUCUUAAAGUUUUUAACAGAUCUUCAUGCUGCAUUCCGAAUGCUCAAUCUACGAAAUGAUUUUCUGCGUAAGAAGUUUGAUGGCAUGAAGUAUGACCUAAGAAAAGUAGAGGAAGUUUACUAUGAUGUUAAGAUUAGGGGUUUGACACCCAAUGGCGAAUCUAUUGGAGAUCAAGGAAUCAAAGAACAAUCUUAG